AUGGAACCCAACAGUCCCAAAAAGAUACAUUUGCAGUUCCAUUAUUUCAAAGUCAGCUGGAUCCAGAAGCAUCAGAACAGAUCAGAAAAAGAAGGCCCACGCCAGCCUCACUGGUUAUAAUGAAUGAACAGCCACCACCAGGUAAGUAAAGGAUAGGUAUAAUAAAGAAAAUUGCAACUGAAGUAGGAUAAAGUAGGAAAAGAAGAAAAAAAUGCUAGCCUACACCAAACUGUAAUUUGGAACAUGAAUAAACAGUAUGA